AGGCGCGUGUUGGCGAGAUCCAUCCCCAAAACGUCCCGUCUUUUUUGCCAUAAUGCCGCCAUCAAGCGUAUCGCGAUGGGUUUUUCUAGGGCUCACUCUUAUGGGUGUCCUAUGGCAAGCACAAGUCGCAUCUUCAUUUUAUCUCCCUGGAGUUGCACCUCGCGACUACAAGAGUGGUGAACGAGUGCCUCUGUAUGUGAAUGCUUUGUCGUCACCCGAUACGGUACUUCCGUAUGAUUACUACACCCCAUACUUGAAAUUCUGCCAACCAAAGGAGAUUCAAGGGAAAAGCGAGUCACUGGGAAGCAUCCUUUUUGGCGAUCGGCUGAAAUCGUCGCCGUAUGAGCUGAAUAUGCUACAGAAAGCGACCUGUGUCGAACUCUGUACUGCCGUAUAUAAAGAGGAGGAUGCGUCAUUUGUGGAAGGGCUGAUUGAACAAAAGUAUUUUAUGAACUGGGAAGUCGAUGGCUUACCUGCAGCCAAAGAAGAGCGAGAUCCAAAGACUCAGGAGCCGUUUUACGAAAUUGGCAUUCAGCUUGGGUCUGUCAGCGUGGAAACAAAGUACCCAUACUCUAGGGCUUACCUCAACAACCAUUACGACAUCACAAUCAAAUAUCAUACCGAGGAUCAAAAGACAUAUAGGGUGGUUGGAGUACUUGUCACUCCAUACAGUGUUGCGAACCUUAAAGACCUAAACUGUGGAAAAGAUGGAGAUGGUUUACCUACCGCAACAAACUACAACCAUCAAUUAUUGAACCGGGGGAAGGAUACGACGGUGAAAUUUUCAUACAAUGUCAAGUGGGAGUCGUCUCGUAUUCAAUGGGGUACCCGCUGGGACAACUAUUUGCAUGUUUUCGACCCGAAAAUCCACUGGUUCAGUCUUGUGAACUCGGUUGUGAUUGUAUUGUUCUUGACUGGAAUGGUCGCCAUGAUUCUCUUGCGCGCACUGCACAAAGAUAUUGCCCGUUAUAAUGCCGUCGAAGCUCAGGAGGAUGCGCAAGAAGACUUUGGAUGGAAACUUGUACAUGGAGAUGUGUUCCGCCCGCCACGAUGGUCUAUGCUGCUCGCGGUGCUUGUUGGAAGCGGCGCGCAAUUGUUCCUUAUGGCAUCUGUAACACUAGGUUUUGCGGUCCUCGGCUUCUUGUCGCCUUCCAGCAGAGGCUCCCUAUCAACUGUUAUGCUCGUCUUUUACGUCCUCUUUGGAAGUGUAGCGGGUUACACAUCUGCCCGUUACUACAAGAUGUUUGGGGGCGAAAAGUGGAAGCGGAACGUUGUGCUUACCGCUUUCUUAGUGCCAGGAACGGUCUUUGGCAUUUUCCUCACCCUCAAUUUUUUCCUGAUUGGCGCAAAAUCGUCUGGUGCGGUUCCUUUCGGAACUAUGUUUGCCCUCAUGGCAAUGUGGUUCUUGGUUUCGGCGCCUCUAUGCUUUGUCGGUGCUUACUUUGGAUUCAAGAAGCCAAAACUUGAGCACCCAGUUAGGACCAAUCAAAUUCCUCGUCAAAUCCCUGAACAGGCAUUCUACCUUCGUGCCAUUCCCUCGAUUCUCAUGGGCGGUAUCCUCCCCUUCGGAGCGAUCUUCAUCGAACUUUACUUUAUCAUGAGCAGCAUCUGGUUCAACCGCAUCUACUACGUGUUUGGAUUUCUCUUCCUCGUCUUUUUGAUCUUGAUCUUGACCUGUUCGGAAGUCACGAUUUUGAUGUGCUACUUCCAUUUGUGUUCAGAGGAUUAUAGAUGGUGGUGGAGGGCAUUCCUAACCAGUGGAGCAUCGGCUUUGUAUGUGUUCCUCUACGGCGUGCUGUACUAUUGUACCCGGUUGGAGAUUAAUGACGUGCCAUCAACCAUUUUGUACUUUGGGUAUACUUUCACCAUGAGUUUAUUGUUCUUCCUGUUGACUGGGACGAUCGGGUUCACGGCUUGCUUCAAGUUUGUGAGAAAGAUUUACGGUUCCAUUAAGAUCGAUUAGUGGAGGUCAAGUAGACACGUCCAUUUUCUGUUAAGGGCAGUGUCGAAUAAGAAGAUACGAGUGAUAGACACAGUGUGACAUGGUCAUAAUGUUUAAUUUUCUGCAAUCCAACGACUGUCGUUGGCGCAAUGAUUCCUCAUAUAUAUUAUUGAAAUUGCGUUGACUCAGCAUUGUGCGAUGCAUCGCCACUACCGUAGA